AUCUAUCUAGAACUAGACUAGAAGAAGGGGGUUAGAUUUAAAAAACGUGGACCCACCAAUUGAAAAAGAGAUAGACCGUACUACACUACUUGACAUAGAGCACGACGACACCGUAUGGUUGAUCCCGCGUCUGUAUCACUGCUAACAACCGAAACGUUAGUUAAGCUCGCGCGUUUUAUUUUUUUUUAUUUCUGAAGAUGGGGAAGAAGCGUGUAAUGGUGCCGGCGAAGGACGUAGAUUUGUCUUCAAUCAAAUACGAACCUGAAAUUGUUCAAGCUCCACAUUUGACUGGCUUUUGGUUUCGAUUUUUUGUGAGGUUAAUUGAAGCUCCAUUGAUAGGUCCUUUCUUGUUGACUAUGUUGAAGAAGGAAAAUAAAAUUGAUCAGUUAUUGCGGAACACUGUGUUUCCCGAGGAACCCAUGUUUAAACCUGAAUAUCCACCUCAAGAAAAGGAACACAGUGUUGUUGAGCUUGACGAAGACGGGAGACCUGAAGGCAGAGUUGAGUCUGCCUUGAACUGUCUUCCACAUUAUGAUCCUGCUAAAUUAUGGGAAAAUUCAUCUGCAACCUUUCGGUACUGGAAAAUACGUGACUAUGCUUAUGCUUAUCAGUCUAGAAAAGUAACCCCAUCUAUGGUUGCUGAGAGCAUCAUCUCAAUGAUAGAGGAGAAUGGAAUAGAUAAACCUCCGACACCACUAUUGUUAUCUUUUGAUGCUGCAGAAGUCCGAAAGCAGGCAGCAGCAUCUACUCAGAGGUUUGAAUCAGGAAAUCCAUUAUCAAUAUUGGAUGGAAUUUUCAUUGCUAUCAAAGAUGACAUAGAUUGCCAUCCUCACCCGUCUACUGGUGGAUCAACAUGGAUGCAUGAGGUACGUGAUGUAAAGAAGGAUGCUGUCUGUGUUUCAAGACUUCGUAGCUGUGGUGUCAUAUUCAUAGGGAAGACAAAUAUGCAUGAGUUUGGCAUGGGUACAACAGGAAAUAAUUCUAAUUACGGAACUGCAAGAAAUCCUCAUGCACCUGAUAGGUAUACUGGUGGAUCCUCUUCAGGUCCAGCUGCAAUUGUUGCUUCCGGACUAUGUUCUGCUGCACUUGGCACCGAUGGUGGAGGUUCGGUACGUAUUCCUUCUUCCCUAUGUGGUGUGGUAGGAUUGAAGAUAAAUUACGGGCGAACAAGCAUGGAGGGGUCCUUGUGUGAUUCUGGGACAGUGGAAGUUAUUGGACCCAUUGCUUCAACAGUAGAGGAUGCGAUGCUAGUGUAUGCGGCAAUGUUGGGUGCAUCACCUGCAAAUAGAAUCAGUAUGAAACCGUCAACACCUUGUCUGCCAACUCUGUCGUCUGAUGAUGAUACAGAUGCUUUGAGAUCAUUAAGAAUAGGGAUUUAUACACCGUGGUUUAAUAAUGUCCAUUCAACUGAAGUCUCUGAUAAAUGUGAGGAUGCUCUUAAUCUGCUGUCAAAGGCACAUGGUUGUGAAGUGGUAGAAGUUGUUAUACCAGAGAUUGUGGAGAUGCGAACUGCCCAUCUUGUUUCCAUUGGCUCUGAAUGCUUAAGUUCACUGAAUCCUGAUAUUGAAGACGGGAAAGGUGUAAAAUUGUCAUAUGAUACUCGCACAAGUUUGGCACUUUUCCAGUCAUUUACCGCAGCAGAUUAUGUUGCAGCUCAAUGUAUUAGACGAAGGAUUAUGCAUUACUUCAUGGAGAUUUUCAAGAAAGUUGAUGUCAUAGUGACUCCAACAACUGGUAUGACAGCUCCCAGAAUACCUCCAAGUGCCCUUAAAAGUGGUGAAACAGAUAUGCCGACUACAGGUUACCUCAUGCGGUUCGUUGUUCCAGCAAAUCUUUUGGGACUCCCUGCCAUUUCUGUCCCGGUGGGUUACGAUAAAGAAGGACUUCCAAUAGGUUUGCAAGUAAUUGGCCGACCAUGGGCAGAGGCUACUAUUUUGCGUGUAGCAGCUGCAGUAGAGAAACUCUGCGGGGAGUCAAAGAGAAGACCUGUGACAUACUACGAUGUUCUGGGGGCUAACUGAAGCUUAAAAUACUCUUGUGGGUCAUUAAUCUGUGGCUGAAAACUUCUAGCGUUAUUUGGAGAUCGCUAUCCUUUUAACAGGAUUUACGGUUUGGCAAACUUCCUUGCAAAUAAUAUCUACAGACAAGAUUGUGUUAAUAACCUCUACAGUCAUAAAAUAUUGUUUAGAAAAUAAUGGAUGAACACACUAUCAAAAUGCAGAAGGGGAAGUAUACAGUCAAGAUUAUAUUUCAUUUCAGAUUAAUUUUUUUGUUAAUUGUUAUCCCCUCAAAUAUUUUUCAUUUCCUAUGAUACAUUUGCAGUUACUACUGUUCUAUAAAUUAUAAACAGAUUAAUGUCAUCCAUUUUUUAACGUUA